AUGGCCGUGCGCAAAAAGAAGAGGCUUGGUGCAUAAAAGAGUUGCUGUCUGCUUGAAUUGAAAUCACGUUUUCACGACGCACGAGAGCUCUCCUUUUCGGCUUGUUUUUUUUUUAUCACUCCGUGAAAAUUUAAAAGGAAUCUUACAGAAUAAGUCUGUUUUUGAUAAUAUUUGAAAUGGCCGAAGAAGAGACUAAAAUUGAAAGUUAUGUUUUUAAACCUAUCGGGUACGCUUCUACCUGGUUUAAAUUUAAAAACGCAACUCCUCGACAACCUUCUGUCUCUUCUUUGACGAGAGGUUUCAUUAAAAUAUCAACUGAAAUAUUUAGUCAGCCUCAUCAUUCACUAAAAAACCUUAAUCAGUUCUCCCAUGUCUGGAUUUUGUUUUUAUUUCACAAGAAUGGCCGGCCAUUUACGAAAACAAUGGUAGCUCCUCCCCGACUUGGUGGUGCAAGAGUUGGCCUCUUCUCAACUAGGUCACCUCACAGACCAAAUCCUAUUGGACUUACUCUGGCCAAAAUAGAGAAAGUUGAAGGGGAUACUGUUCAUCUUUGUGGCUUAGAUCUCUUGGAUGGAACACCAAUCAUAGAUAUUAAACCAUACAUCCCUUCUUAUGACUACCCACAACACAAUGAACAGACAGAUUCUGUGACCACUGAAGCAAUAGAUUCAGCCACCACUGCAGUGUCUGAAUCAACUGAUGCAAUUGAUGAUCCAACUUACUGCAGUCCACCCACAACUGUAUCGAACCCUGAAUGGAUCACAUUAGGCGGUCAAGAAAAAACGUUAAAUGUAGCUUUUACUCAAGACGCGCUGUCUCAAAUCCGGAAAUUUUCCCUUGAUGCGGAAGAUCCUGCAUACCGUCUGUCAUUUCUUAAAUCACCAGAGGAAGCACAAAAAGCUAUUGAAGACAUUUUGAGGGAGGAUCCUAGAUCAAUAUACAGGAAGAUGAAGGGUCAAGAUCUGUUAUACUUCUGUGUAGUCGAUUGUAUGCAUGUUACAACCUGGUUUGACGAAUGCAUAAAAAAAUGCGAAGUUUUAAGGGUCAUGCCUUACACAACAAGAAAAGCAAUGAACGAAGCAAACAAAAAACAACAAUGGGAUAAUAAUCUGGCAAAGAUCGAAGAUAAAAUGAAGGAAGUGAUGUAAUAUGAGUUAAUAAUACGAAUAAACGGUGCAACACUA